AUGGUUACGCUGGACUUCAGGACAUUAACGGUGCCGGUGGGCAUUGUGCGGAUACUGGAGGUGAUCUUCACCUGUAUAACCUUCAGCCUGGUGGCAUCAGUGGGACACAGUACUAACUCCUUCUGGACGUGGUGCAUGUUCACCUGGUGCUUCUGCUUCUGCGUCACCUUCCUCAUCAUCGUUCUGGAAUUCACCAGCCUCAGCGCUAAGUUGCCCAUCUCCUGGGAUGACUUCACUACUGCUUUUGCCAUGUUGGCUACUUUAAUGGUGCUGGCAGCAUCCAUCAUCUAUCCCAUCUUCUUCAUUAAGUUUUGCUCCAGCUGUGGCAAACAGAUUGCAGCCACUGUCCUUUCCUGUCUGACCUUCAUCCUGUACGCCGUUGAAGUCGGGCUGACCCGGGCUAAACCUGGUGAGAUCAGUGGAUUUCUGUCUACGGUCCCGGGCAUCCUUAAGGUUCUGGAGGCCUUCGUGGCCUGCAUCAUCUUCAUCUGCUUGGAUUACAACCAGUUCUCCAAGUAUCCAGGGCUCCAGUGGUGUGUUGCUGUCUACUGCAUUUGCUUCAUUUUUGCCGUCCUUGUCAUAAUUUUUACCAUCUGCCGCCUUCUGUCUCUUUUUCCCGCACCAUUUGACAAAGUCCUGACAGGCUGUAACGUGUUGGCCGUGUUGAUGUACAUCACAGCUGCAGUGGUCUGGCCAGUGUACAGCUUCAAGAAUAAUAGCAACAGGCCGAGCUACAGUUACUGCCCAGUGGGUUUAUGUUAUUGGGAUAAUUUACUGGUCAUCUCUUUCAUGACUUGUUUCAACCUUGCUGCUUACAUUGCGGAUACUGUUUAUUCUUUUAGGCUGGUGUUCUUCAUCAGAAGAACGUAG